CCAGAUUGGAGGAGAUAACAGGGUACUAAACUAGCCCUAAAAAAGAAACAAGCAAGGGGGACCGGUCAACGCCGAUCAGAGCCGGAUUGACGCGUCGUGUUCGAGACAGCCCUUUAGCAGCACCAGUCCAGUCUAUCCUUGUAUUCUCGACACAUUCGCACUCUCAAUAGGCUGCAAAAUGGCAAACGCAUCCAAGUACCAAACCCCGAAGAAAAGCAACCAAUUACUCUCGACGGACCAACGACGCAGCUACACAAAAAGCUGAGUCGACAGCGACCAGGCAGAGGCAGAAGGAGAAGACAUGAUGGAAGCAAGAGCAAGCCCAGCGGGAACUAGAAGCCAAGGAUCGGUUGAUCAGAGAUAAUAAGAGGUUGAAGAGACAGAGGCACAAAGAAAGACGGAGGGAGCGAAAACGACAGGAGUGCGAAAACCAAGCGAAACAGAUGCCAUUACAGCAGAUUCAUGAAUCAUCCCAGGAUAGAGGCUCAUCGGAAGAGACCAUGGACUCGGAGUGGGAACGAGAAGAGAAGAUGAGGUAUGACGAGGAGAUGAGCAUAGCCGAGGCGCGCAGACUGGAAGCACGCAGAGUGGACGAGGUGAAACGCACCUACGAGUCUCUGGAGGGCCAACGAGGCCCGCGCAUUUCCCUGGCCGACUCACUUUUCUCACUGUAUUGCCUGGAAUACUUUGAUGAUAUCUAUAAUACCGAUUGUCAGCAUGAUCCACUCAUCAAGUAUGUCAGGUUUGAGCACCAGCCCGGGAAUCGCAAGGAUGGGCUUCCACCCGCAGGUCGGCGGCGCGUCAAUGGAAAGGUAUUUCUCGAUACCGCUGCAGAGCCAACCUUCAAGCCGUUUGUCGUUCCCCGCUAUGCGAGCAAGGAACUGAUUCGACAAAGAAGCUCCCACGAUAGGAAAAAUGCUAUGGCAAUCCGGUUUCUCAGCGAUGAUCAUUUGAUCUUUAGACUCAGCCGGAAAGUGGUCUUCGCGCCUGAACUCCCGCCCCCAGAUGUUCCCGAAGACUUUGUAUUUUAUGGCAUUCGCCAUCGCAAGGAGCUGGUACUGGAGGAGACACCAGCGCAGACGAGCCUGCAGCCAUCACAAUCGUCCUGUGAGACCCCGUUCGAUAUUUUGGAUUGGUGGCGUCACCCAGAGAUAAUGAUUUAGUCUUCGACAAUCCACGGCAUCAAGCAAUGCUGCCAACUCGCACUACAAGGUGAUGAAACCGAAACUGUUUUAAUUCUUGGUUAAGUAGGUAUUCAUUCAAUGCAUUUCAAUCUCGGCAUUGGACGUUCAAUUGGUGGCAAGUUCCUCAAUAAGCACAUCAUAGGCCAUCGAAAGCCUUCACGGCAGCUUCAGCUGUCACAUGAGCACUCGCCGGGUUUGCCCCUGUUACAAUUCUCCCAUCAGUCACCGUGAAGGCAUCCCACGGACCAGCUGGCGAUACAUCUAGAAGCUGUCAGCGUGUAAAAACAAAGAUUCAUCCAACAUACAAGUCGCUCCGGACGAAGCUGCAGAUGCCUCAAUUGUAGGCCUAUUC